AGCGUUAAACUUAUCAUGCGUUUAUUUACAUUAGAAAAAUUGUAAACACUGAAAAUUCAAGUGUCUUUUGUGAUAUUGCGAAUAUCAAAUGAACCUAUUUUAAAACAAGUCGAUACCAAACAUAUAUCAGUUACUUACUGAUAUGAAAAAGUUUUGUUAUUAUAUAAUUUUAUUGUAAUCAACUACUGACAAGUGACGUAGGUAUCACGACGCACUGAACAGAAUUUAGUCGUUGAUUUUAAUAACAUUAUUAGUCGUACUACGUAUUUAAAAUAUUUUAUUAGGUUUCGAAGAAAAUGAAGUAAUAAAUUAAGUUUGAUUAAUUAUACAAAAUGCCACCUAAACAAAGAAAAAUUGCUAUUAUGGGUUAUCGUUCAGUCGGUAAAUCUUCUUUAAGUAUCCAAUUUGUUGAAGGUCAAUUUGUUGACUCUUAUGAUCCGACUAUAGAAAACACUUUUGUUAAGACGACUAAAGUGAAUAAUCAAGAAUAUGAUCUUAAGUUGGUUGAUACUGCUGGACAAGAUGAGUACUCCAUACUCCCAACUCAAUAUUCAAUGGAUAUUCAUGGUUAUGUGUUAGUUUAUAAUAUAUCAUCACCAAAAUCAUUUGAAAUAUGUCAAAUUAUUUAUGAUAAAAUAUUAGAUAUGACUGGCAAAGUUCAUGUUCCUGUAGUUUUGGUUGGUAACAAAAAAGAUUUACACAUGGAUCGUGUUAUUAGUCAAGAAGAAGGUCGAAGAUUAGCAGAGUCAUGGAAUGCUGUAUUUCUUGAAGCAUCAGCAAAGCAGAAUGAGGUAACAAAUAAAAAACGUGUAGCUGAUAUAUUUCACACAAUGUUGAUGGAAAUUGAAAAAGCUAAUGGGAAUGUUCAAGAAAAAUCAAGUUGUUGUAUACAAUAAAUAAAUUAAGUUAAUUAAUCUAUAUUUCAUAGAAGUUUAUAUAUAUAAAUAAAAAUAUAUAUAUAAUAAUAAAUUUAAAAAGAUAUUGCGAUAAUCAACUGUCAAUUAUUAUAUUUUUUUUUACAAAUUUUGUAUAUAAUGUGAAUAUAUUUUCUUUUCAAUUUUUAAUGUUACUUUUUUCUGCUAUCUAUUAUACAAUUUGUUUUUUUUGUUAGUGUAUCAUCAUAUUUUGUAUCUGAAUUGUAAUGUAUUUUUACACAUAUUUUAAUAAUUUACACAUAUAAGUAUUGAAUUAAAGUACUUAAAUAGAAUGAAAUAUUGGAAUUAUUAAAUAUAAAUACAAUAUAAAAUAAUUAAUUUUUAAAAAAGAUAGUAAAAUUUGUAUGCAAUCUGUUACUAGAGUUAGUUAACAUAGUUUUAAUAGUAGUUUAAAUCAUUAAGGAAAAACUAUUGUAAUUCAAUGUACUAGGUUUUAGUUGGGCUAUAUUUUUAACAAUGUAAAAAAAUUAUUAAAAUAUUAAUUUUUUGUAAUA